AUGUCUGCCCCUCACCAAGACGAAAUGGACGAUGCGCCCGAGCUACUGGAUGCCGACGAUGCGCUCGAGGAAAUUGAAGACGCAGAGGGUGAUAUCGCUAUGGACUCGGAUGAAGAACCUGAAGAGAUCAGUUUACAAAACGAUAGCAUAGCCUAUUUUGAUGCACACAAAGACUCCGUCUUCGCGAUCGCUCAACAUCCGACACAACCCGCACUUAUUGCGACAGGAGGUAGUGAAGGCGACGGAGAUGAUGCGCCAGGAAAGGGUUACGUCUUCGACACGAGUCCUGUUAUCGGCCGCCCUGUUCUACCAGCGAGCUACAACUCCGACCCUGCGCAGCCACAGAAGAACACAAAACUAACCCCUCUAUUCACGAUUGAGGGUCAUACCGACUCUAUCAACGCUCUUACCUUCACACUACCGAACGGCGAAUUCUUAGUAUCUGGGGGAAUGGAUGGUAGGUUGCGCGCAUAUAAGCUCGCUAUCGAUGCGCACGAUAAGCCAUCUCUCACCUUUCUGGCCGAAUCCCAGGAGGUGCCUGAAGUGAACUGGCUGGCCGCCUGUCCGUCACCGAAAUUUCCCAACACGAUCGCAAUAGGUGCUUCUGACGGUUCCGUAUGGGUAUACACAAUUGAUGCCUCCGAUUCCACGAACCCAAUGCAAAUCGUCCAAAGUUACUUCCUACACACCGAAGCUUGCACGGCCGGUGCUUGGUCGCCCGAUGGCACAUUUUUAGCCACAGUAUCAGAGGACAGCUCGCUUUACGUAUGGGAUGUUUGGGGUGAAGCCGCAGCGAAGAGUCUUGUCAACGACAAUGGGCUGACUGUUGUGGGCCUCACAAAUCAAGACCAGCGUUUCAAUGUUGAAGGUGGGCUGUACUCAGUGGCAAUCGACCCGAAAUCAACAUUUGUCGCGGUUGGUGGCGCGGGUGGCGCCAUAAAGAUUGUAGGACUACCGAGGAUAGACUCGGAUGCGCAACCCAUGUCCAGCAAGCAGAGCAAAUCCAAGGCAAAAGGCGCCGACGCCGGUGGCACGCAAGGCGGCACGAUACUCGCGGACCUACAUACCCAAGCCGAUGGAAUCGAGUCGUUGCACUUCUCGACGAAGCAGACGCUCCUUGCGGCUGGGAGUGUAGAUGGCAGCAUCGCUGUGUAUGACACGUCGCGAAGAUUUGCUGUACGGCGUCACAUAAAAGAGGCGCACGAGGAGUUCAGCGUUGUCAAAGUCGAGUUCGUCGCCUCGGGGCUAGGCGACGGUUGGCUGCUCACAAGCUGCGGCAUGGAUGGUGUGGUCAGGCGGUGGGAUGUCCGGGGCGCAGCGAGCUCGACGGAGAGUAGUCUGGUGAGAGAGUGGAAGGGACAUAGGGGAGAUGGCGAAGGUGGAGGCGUGCUAGGGUUUGUGCAAGGGGCUACCGGGGAGAGAAUCGUUACGGCGGGUGAUGAUGGAGUUGUGCUUGUAUUCGAGGCGUAG